AUGAAAGAUAUUUUUAUACUUAAAACAUAUUGCCAGUACAUUUAUCGAGUAGGUUCUGGUAACUUUUGGUACGAAGAGAGAAUAGUGGGCAAUGACAGGAGUUUGUCCUACAAAAUUUAUAGAGGUCUUCACUUCUUCUUGUAUGGUUGCUUAACAAUAUUGGAAAUAAUGGCGGCUAUAUUCGGUGUAUUCCCAUCAGACGAAAAGAGGGAUGCAGUCACAUUCGCAGUGAGCCAUACGAUAGUUAUGAUAAAAUUAUUCUCGGUUAUAUCCAACAAGGCGUUGAUAAAACAACUCAACAAGAACAUGACAGAGCUCUGCGAAGAACACGAAGAGCAACAGUUGAUGGCAGAAAAGUAUAAGAUUGUGAAAAUAAAUGUUGCGGUGUAUUUUAUUAUUGUCUAUGUGACCGCUGUCUUUUUCGCUUUCGAAGGAUUGAGGAAGCUGUUCAACGGAGUUCAUUUUGUGACAGUUGUCACAUACUAUCCGGCUUACGAGGACAAUUCCGCUCUAGCAAACUCGUUCAGGAUAUUUACAACGAUCAUUCUUCAAGUGAUGUUGAUGUCGAUGAUUGUGACCGUGGAUACGUUCACGAUGACGUAUCUCAUCAUUUUCAAAUACAAAUUCAUUACUUUGCGACACUACUUCGAUUCGUUGAGGGAGAACUAUCUGAAAAUGAGUAAGAAUGGGAACCAGGAAAUCGCUGCGGAGCAACUAACGAAUGGUUUCGUAAAAGGGAUCAUAAUGCACCAAAAAUUAUUGAAGACGGCCAAAAAUAUAGACACUGCGUUUGGUUUGGUAAUAGCAUUACAAUUAUGUCAAAGUUCAGGAUCUGCUGUCUCACUUAUGCUUCAAUUAGCAUUAACGGAUCAGCUGACGUUCCUUGCGAGUAUUAAAGCAAUAUUAUUUGUAUUAGCGCUAUUUUUCUUGCUGGGGAUGUUUUUAUGCAACGCCGGAGAAAUCACAUAUCAGGCGUCUUUGCUAGCAGAUGCAAUAUUCUAUAUCGGUUGGCACGAGUUCGCGCCGCAGCCUCCUCCAAAGCGGAGUCUCAGGCGGCUGGUGCUGUUGGCGAUCGCGCAAGCGCAGCAGCCACUGAUCAUGAAGUCUUUCAAAAUGAUAGAGCUUACGUACGGAACUUUUUUGCAGGUGGUGAGAGGUACAUAUUCUGUAUUCGCUCUGUUUUAUGCCCAAAAUAAAUAAUUAC